GGUGGCGAUCAUGUACACGUUGCUCUCAAGAAGCGUAGAGUAGCAAGCCAUCAAAGAAGAGACCUCCUAUGUUCGAUAUGAAUGUUAGCAUUAAAGCUAAUGUACCGUAUUAUAGACUAGCACGUACAUUUAGAUAAACAGCUGGCUUAUAUUUUCAGUUUUAUCCAUUAGUUAAAGCGCUCACCAUGGCGACCGGUGCUGAUGUGAGGGAUAUUUUGGAGCUGACGGGAGGUGACAAUGAUUCUGGACCCAUCAGUAAAAAAGACAUCAUCAACUCAGACAAGAAAAAGGCCAAGAAAGUGACAGAGACUUUGACAUUCAAGAGACCUGAAGGAAUGCACAGAGAAGUUUAUGCUUUACUCUAUUCAGACAAAAAUAGGGAUGCCCCUCCGCUCUUGCCGAGUGAUACCACACAGGGCUACCGUACUGUCAAAGCAAAACUGGGCUGUAAGAAGGUGCGACCUUGGAAGUGGAUGCCAUUUAGUAAUCCAGCCAGAAAAGAUGGAGCCAUUUUCCAUCACUGGAGACGUGCAGCAGAGGAGGGAAAGGACUACCCAUUUGCCCGCUUUAACAAGACUGUGCAGGUGCCUGUGUACUCGGAGCAGGAAUAUCAAAUGUAUCUCCAUGAUGAUGGAUGGACGAAAGCUGAGACGGAUCAUCUGUUUGACCUCUGCAAACGUUUCGACCUGCGAUUUAUUGUUAUUCAUGAUCGCUACGAUCACCAACAAUACAGAAAACGAUCUGUUGAGGAUCUCAAGGAACGUUAUCAUAACAUUUGCGGGAAGUUAUCAAAGGUUCGGGCAGGUACGGGGACAGAGCCGAAGGUGUACAUAUUUGACGCAGGCCACGAGAGACGCAGGAAAGAGCAGCUGGACAGACUGUUCAACCGCACACCUGAACAGGUGGCAGAAGAGGAAUACCUGAUCCAGGAAUUGAGGAAGAUCGAGAACCGCAAGAAGGAGCGUGAGAAGAAGGCCCAGGACCUUCAGAAGCUCAUCACAGCUGCUGACACAACCACAGAGAUGCGUAGAGCUGAACGUAAAGCCACUAAGAAAAAGUUACCACAAAAACGAGACACAGAGAAAAUGAUUGUUCCUGAAACGGCCGGCAUCAAGUUCCCAGACUUCAAAUCAGCUGGUGUUUCACUACGGAGCCAAAGAAUGAAGCUGCCCAGUUCGGUUGGACAAAAGAAAAUAAAAGCAAUUGAACAGAUUCUGACUGAGCAAGGAGUUGACCUUAACCCCAUGCCAACAGAGGAUAUUGUGCAGAUGUUUAAUGAACUUCGCAGUGACCUGGUUCUGGUGUACGAGCUAAAGCAGGCCUACAGUAACUGCGAGUACGAACAGCAGAUGUUGCGGCACCGCUAUGAUGCUCUGCUAAAAGCAGGGGGCGCCUGUACACCACAGAGCGAGAGCGGCGGCGCUCCUGACACUCAAUUGUGGCCAAGCGCCGAUGACAUCAAAACUGAACCCAAAGAGCAGAUUAUUGAUGUGGUUGGAGCUCCGCUUACUCCAAAUUCGCGCAAACGGAGAGAAUCUGCAUCCAGCUCUUCUUCUAUCAAGAAGGUGAAGAAACCCUGACAUGGAUGACUUUAUAAACUCAUUUGGACGUUUUGGAACCGGAAAGAGGGUUUUGGGUCUCUCUUAAGUGAUUGCCUGCUAUGGUCGGAGGAUGAGGUUGUGGUUGUAGGUCAUCUGUUGUUUGCUCUUGAUGACCAGUCCCUGACACUGUUAAUAUAUUCAGCACAAUGACCCUUCAAUACCACCUGCUUCCCACCUCCCAAAUCCGCACCAUGACACAGACCACCCUUGACAUCCUAUUCCAUUAUACCACCUCCUCUGACCUAUCAGACAGACCAAACCCAGAUGAACUGUAAAUUGGCAGAGAGAUCUAAUCGUCACAUGAAAAGACAGAAAUAAAGAGAGAGGAGGAAGAAAAAAUUAGUUUGUCUGAUAUGAGCGGAUGCUGGACAGAUGUAUGACGGAGUGAAUCCGCAUUCCCGUUGGGGGAAUUUAUUGAAUGGGUGUUUGAUUUGGCUGCCUCUUGAAAUGAUGGGUUUUGGAUAAAUGUCUCACUUGUACAUCUGAUGUGCUGAUUUUUAUGUUACCUCAAAUAAGUGGAUCUUCUCAACCUUAUGUGAAUCUCUUUCUUUUGGUCACAUCCAGCUCUGUAAAAUAUCCUUGUUCAAAGGUUUAAUAAAUGUUGUCUUUUUCAGAGUU